AUGGAAUUGGAGAAGGACUAUGUGGCAACGAGGCCUCGGGCCAGCCCGGCUCGCCAAUGGGCCAAGUUUGCAUUUGCGUUUGUGGCAUUGACCAUUUGCCUUAUCCAGUUUGACUUUAGGUUUUUCAGCGUGGACAAGAUCCGGAACCCAGGGGAUGUUAUCUUGGGAGCGUUGGAUUUGAACUUGGCACGGAACUGGUCGUUGACUUAUGCGUCGGAGAAGCACUUGGCCGGUACGAACUACGGGCUUGUGGAGUUUACCAGAGGCAAGUUGGCUGAGUACGGUGCUAAGACUACCGUUGACGAUUAUGAGGUGCUCUUGAGUUACCCAGAAAGCCACGCUUUGAACUUGUUGGAUAAGAAGGGCAGAGUCGAGUACGAGGCUCCUUUGAAGGAGGACGAGUUUGAGGAGGACUUUACUUCGGUUAAUGAUACGAUUCCUACGUUUUUGGGCUUUGCCGCUAACGGUAAUGUCACUGCUGAGUACGUUUACGUCAACUACGGAAGCGUCGAGGAUUUCGCCUGGUUGAAGGAAAACGGCAUUGACGUCAAGGGUAAAAUCGCUGUUGCUCGUUAUGGCGAGAUUUACCGUGGCCUUAAGGUCAAGUUUGCCCAGGAACACGGCGCUGUGGGUGUUUUGAUUUACACUGACCCAGCCGACGAUGGCGAGGUUGUGCCUGCCAAUGGCUACAAGCAGUACCCAGAAGGCCCAGCUAGAGCCGAAAGUUCCGUGCAAAGAGGAAGUGUUUUGUUCUUGGGAGGCACCGGUGCUUCUCCAGGUGACCCAACCACUCCUGGUUAUGCUUCCAAGAAGGGCGCUGAAAGACAGGACCCUCACGCUAGCAUCGGUAAGAUUCCUGCUCUUCCAAUUUCUUAUAGAGAGGUGAAGCCUAUCUUGGCUAAGCUUAACGGCCAUGGUGUCAAGGCUCCAAAGUCAUGGAAGGGUGGCUUGGACGAGUUUAAGUACACCACUGGUCCUAACCCAGAUGCUUCUUUGAACUUGUACAGUAACCAGACCUUCAAGAUUACUCCUAUCUGGAACGUUUACGGUGAAUUCGAGGGUGAGAACAGAAACGAAGCUAUUUUGAUUGGUAACCACCGUGACGCCUGGAUUAAGGGUGGCGCUGGUGACCCUAACUCGGGUACUGCUGUUCUUCUUGAAAUUGCCAGAGCUCUUGGUGCUCUUCAAGAUGCUGGCUACAAGUUUAAGAGAAGUAUCAUUUUGCAAAACUGGGACGGUGAGGAAUACGGUCUCAUUGGUUCUACCGAGUACGGUGAAUACGCCUCCAAGUUGUUGCAGAAGGAUGUGGUUGCUUACUUGAAUAUUGAUGUCGCUGUUCAGGGAAGAAUCUUUUCUUUGAGCUCAUCCCCAGUGUUGAACAAGGUCUUGAGAAAGGUUGCAAGAUGGUUGCCUUACCCAGGUAAGGACUCUGGCUCCUUGUAUGACCACUUCAAGAAGGAGUCUGGCGACAAGAUCGUUAACUUGGGCUCUGGUUCCGACUACACUGUCUUCUUGGAGCACUUGGGUAUUCCAUCUGCUGAUAUUGGUUUCAGAAGCGGUAAGAACGACCCUAUUUACCAGUACCACUCCAACUAUGACUCGUUCUACUGGAUGGAGAAGUACGGUGAUAAGGGCUUCAAGUUCCACAACUUGGCUGCCAAGUACAUUUCCCUUGUUUCAUUGGAAUUGUCCAAGCACAAGGUUAUCGAGUUCUCCUUGAACGACUACGCCAAGGAUUUGCUUACUUACUUCAAGGAGGUGAAGGAGACUGUCCCUAAGAAAUGGUUGGACCAGGAAGUGCCACACCACUCCAUGGCCGACUACAUCGUCAGUGACUCCGAAAACAACCGUGCCGUGGAUGAAGCUUCCCUGAACUACUAUUCUAGCAACAACGUGUUUGCAUUCACUGAACUUUUGGAACCUUACCAGUGCAGACACAUGAGAACCAUGUUGAUGAGAGACUCUCUGCACCACAAGAAGGCCAGUUUUGGUGAUAUUUUGAAGCAUACCGAGCACCAGUUGGUUAACUUGGAGAAGGAUGCUUUGUUGUUUGACACCGAGAGUGCCAGUUUGCAAGAGCGUUUUGAGAACAGAGAUCGCUUGCACUGGUGGCAGCGUAUCAAGCUCCACUUCCAGAUCAAGCACCAGAACAAGCUUAUCCAGUACUUUGAGAGAAACUUCUUGUACGACAAGGGUCUUCACGAGAGAUCCUGGUUUAAGCACAUUGUGUUUGCUUCUGGACGUUUGACUGGUUACGCUGGUCAGACCUGGCCUGGUAUCAGAGAAGCGAUUGAAGAUGAGGACUUUGAGAGAACCGUGCAAUGGCUUGGUAUUGCCGCCAGAGCAGCCAAGAGAACCAGCGGCGGAUUAGCUCCUUAA